AGUGUGCGCAUGCGCCGCUGUCGGCGGGAGGUGGAGGGUGUGGGUUUGAGCAAGGAAAUCCUGGCACAGGACCGGGGUGGUGUCCGUGGCCCGGGCUGCAGGCUGAGGGCAGCGAACUUCGGGCUCGGCAGCUGCUGAAUUUUGCACCGUUGUGUUUUUUCCGGCAGGAAUAAGGGAGGUGGUGAGGGGAGGAGUGAAGCAGCGUGGGGGUGAGGGAGUGAAAUGGUGGGCCGGGUCGCUGUCACCCACCUCGGACACCCGUAGGUAAAGCGUCCCGGACACCCAGACCCUGCCCGGGACAGCACCCUCGGCACCCGCGCUCAACAUGGACGGCCAACAGCCGCCGGCAGGAAGCGACUCGCCGCCCCGCAGCCGGGACAGACCGUCCUCGAAGAAGAAACCUCCUGAAGAUGACCCGAGAAACAAACCCAAGCUGAACCUUAACAUAAAAACUUUGGCGGAUGAUGUGCGUGACAGAUUAACCAGUUUUCGAAAGUCAACUGCAAAGAAGGAGAAACCUCACAUUCAGCAUCCAACUGAUUCCCAAGUAGUUAUGUGUGACUUGCCAUUAGCACAACCUGUGUUUGAAGAAUGUUUCAUGAAUCUUUCGGAGAAGGAGAUUUUGGAUCUCUUCGAGAAAAUGAUGGAAGACAUGAAUCUAAAUGAGGAUCGUAAAGUUCCACUAAGAGGGAAAGAUCUGACGACAAAGAGAGAAAUGGUCGUACAGUAUAUAUCUGCAACUGCCAAAUCGAUAACUGGAAGCAAAGUGUCGGGUGGACUGAAGAACAGCAAGCAUGAAAGUACUCUGUCAUCCCAGGAAUAUGUUCACGAAUUGCGUUCCGGAAUUACUGAUGAUAAACUACUUAACUGCCUAGAAUCACUAAGAGUUUCUUUGACCAGCAAUCCUGUGAGCUGGGUUAAUAAUUUCGGCCACGAAGGACUCGGUCUCAUGCUUGAUGCUUUGGAGAAGCUAUUGGACAAAAAACAACAAGAAAUGAUUGAUAAAAAAAAUCAACAUAAACUCAUCCAGUGUCUGAAAGCAUUUAUGAAUAACAAGUUUGGGCUGCAAAGAAUACUGGGUGAUGAAAGGAGCCUGUUGUUAUUGGCAAGAGCAAUUGAUCCAAAGCAAACAAACAUGAUGAUAGAAAUUGUCAAAAUUCUCUCUGCAGUCUGCAUCGUUGGAGAAGAAAAUAUCCUUGAUAAAAUCUUGGAAGCUAUAACCACAGCGGCGGAACAGAAUAACAGAGAACGAUUUGCACCCAUUGUUGAAGGACUGGACAAUCAUGAAGCACUUCAGCUACAGGUUGCCUGUAUGCAGUUAAUUAAUGCUCUCGUCACAUCUCCAGAUGAUCUGGAUUUCAGGAUACACUUGAGAAAUGAAUUCUUACGUUGUGGAUUGAAAAAGAUAUUACCUGUACUGAAAGAGAAAGAAAAUGAAGAACUAGAUAUUCAACUAAAAGUGUUUGAUGAAAACAAAGAAGAAGACUUCAUUGAAGUAUCACAUCGACUGGAAGACAUCCGAUCCGAGAUGGAUGACAUGGAUGAGGUCUAUCAUCUGCUAUCCAAUAUGGUGAAGGACACUGCUGCAGAAAGAUAUUUUCUCUCGAUUCUACAACAUCUACUGCUCAUCAGAAGCGAUUAUUAUAUCAGACCCCAGUAUUACAAGAUAGUUGAAGAAUGUAUUUCACAGAUCGUAUUACAUCGAAAUGGAACAGAUCCUGACUUUGAAUAUCGUAAACGAUUAGAUGUGGAUUUUAGUCAUCUUGUAGAUCAAUGUGUUGAUAAAGAAAAAGUCCAAGAAAGUGAACAGAAGGCAUUGGAAUUUUCCAAAAAGUUUGAUGAAGAAUUUUCAGCUCGACAAGAAGCUCAGACUGAAAAUCAGAAGAAAGAUGAAAGGAUAAAAGAACUUGAAGCAAAAGUCCUUCAGCUGGAAGCAAAGCAGCAAGCAGCACCAGUGGCUUCAUCUGUACCCCCACCACCACCACCCCCUCCGCCACCUCCACCCCUCCCUGGAGGGGCUGCUCCUCCUCCUCCGCCACCCCUCCCUGGAGGGAUUCCACCUCCCCCACCUCCACCCCUUCCAGGUGGUGGACCACCACCUCCUCCACCACUUCCGGGUGGUCCAGGAAUACCACCUCCUCCUCCAUUUGGAGGCCCACCACCUCCACCACCUUUUGGGGGCGGACCCACUUGCUUUGGAGUCGCUGCAUCGCUGCCAUAUGGAUUACAGCCUAAAAAGCAGUACAAACCAGAAACUGCAAUGCGAAGAGCCAACUGGUCGAAGAUUGGACCCCAGGAAAUGACAGAGAUGUGUUUCUGGGUCAAAGCGAAAGAAGAAAAAUUUGAAAGUCCCGAUCUUUUCUCAAAACUAAUGCUCAGUUUUGCCAAACAAGCAAAAGUAAAAAAGGAUGAAGAUCAAGCUGAGGAGAAAAAAACAGUGCCUGCCAAAAAAAAAGUGAAAGAAUUAAAGAUUUUGGACGCCAAAACAGCUCAGAAUUUAUCAAUCUUCCUGGGUUCAUAUCGUAUACCUUAUGAAGAAAUCAAGUAUAUCAUUUUAGAAGUGGAUGAAGAGAAGCUCAGCGAGUCCAUGAUUCAGAAUUUGGUGAGGUUUUUACCAGAACAGAAGGAACUCAGUACAUUAUCCCAGUUUAAGGAUGAAUAUGAUGAUCUUUGUGAAUCAGAGCAGUUUGGAGUAGUGAUGAGCACUGUGAAGUUGUUACGACCGCGAUUGAACAACAUUCUCUUCAAACUUCAAUUUGAGGAGUAUUUGAAUAAUAUCAAGCCUGACAUAAUGAAUGUAACAAUUGCUUGUGAGGAGUUGAAGAAGAGUGAGAACUUCAGUAAAAUUUUGGAAUUGGUCCUCCUUGUGGGAAACUAUAUGAAUGCUGGAUCCAGGAAUGCUCAAACAUUUGGAUUCAACAUCAGCUAUCUUUGUAAGCUUAAAGACACCAAGUCAGUCGACCAGAAGGUAACACUGAUGCACUUUUUAGCAGAGGUUACUGAAGAGAAAUAUCCAGACAUCUUGAAAUUCACAGAUGAAAUAAGCCACAUAGAAAGUGCAAGCAAAGUUUCAGACCAAAACCUCAAGAGCAGUUUGGAAGCUAUGGAGCGGCAAAUUAAGCGUCUUGAAAAUGACAUCAAGAAGUUUCCUGAAACAGAUGAUGAGCAUGAUAAGUUUGUGGAAAAAAUGUCCAGUUUUGCCAAGCAUGCGAGAGAACAGUAUGAAAAACUUUCCAACAUGCAUGGAAAUAUGAUGAAGUUGUACAAAGGACUGGGAGAGUACUUUGUCUUUGAUUAUAAAGCUGUCAGCAUAGAGGAAUUCUUCACUGAUCUCAAAAACUUCAGGUCCAUGUUCCUGGAAGCAUUAAAGGAAAACAUUAAGAAGAGGGAAACAGAAGAAAAGAUCAAGAGAGCAAAGUUGGCUAAGGAGAAAGCAGAAAGAGAGAAGCUGGAAAGGCAACAGAAGAAGAAACAAUUAAUUGAUAUGAACAAAGAGGGUAAUGAAACAGGAGUGAUGGAUAGCCUGCUGGAGGCCUUGCAGUCAGGUGCUGCUUUCAGGGAUCGCAGGAAGCGUACACCGAGAAAUCUUGGUGAACAAGGUCCAGCUAGUCCAACAUCCCGGUGGCCCGUUGACAAGGUGUCUUUAUACACUCUUGAGAACAGGGAAUUGAGGGUGGAGGAGGCAUGUGAAUCAGCUUUCUUGCAUCCAGAAAAUAGGCGUGUUGCUUUGGAGAGAUCACGUUCCCGUCACAAUGGAAAUAUGACGUUUGCAUGAUCCCAGUGUGCCAAAGAACUGGAGUUUGAAGAUUAUUUUCCAACAGUCCUUGGAUAUCAGAAUGGCUCUUAACAAUACUGCAGAUGAUAAACUGCAAGGGCCAGAAAAGGAAUUGUGAAAAUGCUGUGUGUGAGACAUUACAAAGUGCUCUCUGCUGACCCGUAACAAGCUCUUAACUUUUGUAUACCUACUAACUGACCUACAAUUGGAAGAAGAUGAACUUCAUCCACAAUGUUGCAAAAUUCAUUUUGUAUUUGUAUUGUGAAUUAAAAAAAGAGAGAAAGAAAGCAAAAGUUUGGGGUUCCAAUCUGACAGUUUACUCUCCUGAAUCUCUUUUGUUUUCUGUUUUUAAGUUACAGUUUGUGUGUUACUCAAACUUGAGAUAACUCUCCUUUGAGGCCAUGAAGUAACCACGGUUGACACACCCAGCUUAUCAACUAUGGGAAAAAAUGUGCUUUUUUUCUCUCUUUUGGAUGGAUUAUUUUAGGUUUCACCUCUGUCCCAGAAGGAGUAUUUUUCUUGAGCAAAAAUAUUUUCUAAUUAUGCACUUGUAUGUACUUUAUACACAUAUUUCCAGGAAAAAAAACAAACGCAACUUUCUUAUUUUGUCACUGCCUGUAACAAAGCAGGAAGAAUGAAUUUCUUAAGUCACGUGCAGAAUAUGUUCAUUCAGUUCAAAGUGUUUUAGUAUCAUGUAGUUAUUGCACAGUUUGCUUCCCUACAGUGGGAGCUUUUUCAUAUCUACAUUGUGCAAUAACAAUACUGUAAUACCCGUGCUUGUUUUAUAGUAAUUACGCUUUUGAAAAUUACUUCUUAAAAUGUAUUCUAUUUAAACAAUUUUUAAAGAAGUAUUUUAAACACAUUUCAGCAGUUAUUUACACGUCUCAACAGUGUAUUUAAAUGAUCAGAUCAAUGAAAUACACGUUUAAAACUUAGCAAUCAGCAGUUACCUUCACUGGAGUAUAAAAAUUACAGAUAGUACAUAGAGUCCAAAUCCAUUAAGCUAUAUAGUAAAACCAGAGGUGUGUUGUAAAUGAAUUUGCAAAUACUUAACACAGAGUUACUUAUAUGAAAGAAAAUAGAGUGUAUAUCGGCACAGUGACUUUAAUGUUUAAAAUAAAAUCAAUGUUA